AUGUUUACCCUACGAGACCUGCAACAAAUUGGCGACUUCAUCAUACAGCCAACCGACAACAUAUUUGAACAUCUUUUAGUGCGAAGACAUAAAGACAGAGAAACUCGGCUCACUUUAUAUGUUUUCUUCCAUGUCUCCGCCCUGAAGAAGCUCAGGUACUGGAACUUGACACGAAAUGGGAGUCAUUUCAACGACCCCAAGUUUUUGGACGAGACGAUUCAGACAUUGGCUUUGCUGCUUCCCCGCAACGACGCAAAGAGCUUGAAAUGGUUCAAAACCUACUGCGAGAAAUUCCAGCGUAGCUUACCAAGUCCUGAGUUGAACGGCAUCGACCCUAAAGCUGGACUGCUGUUGCCGGUUGGAUCAAAGCGUGCCGAAGACUACAACUACUGGCUCUCUCGAUUGAUGACUCUGGAAAAAGAAUAUGAAAACUACUCUCCACGGACUCUUCGGCAAUUCAUGCGCGCCCGUCGUCGUUACCGUGAUUGGACUAUUUAUUGGGUCACAGUUACCGCUCUCUUGCUCGCACUCAUAUCCACCGCGGCUGGUAUAGUGUCUGCAUUUGUGGGCGGCUUCGCUCUGAAGAAGGACAAAAACGGAAACAAGCCAAUCACUGCGGCUUGCUGUUGUCGCAACAUCGACCAUAUUACAAGCACAGUGGCCGUAGCAAGUGAAGUUCCAGCUUCUGCGUCUGGGAUGACUCUUGAGCCAGCCCACAUCAUAGACCCAUCGCACACAAUGGUCGUCACAGUCAGCAUCACUACCACAAUCACCGUAGCUGGUGCAUGA